AUGUGGGUCUGGGCUCUUCUGGCAUUUAUUGCUACUGCUAUUAUCACUGUGCUGGGUAUUCGUUUUUAUACCCGCAUUCGAUCUACCCCAGUGUAUAUUCUAGCGCCAGUGUUUUUAGCUGUGUAUAUUCCAUGCUCCAUUGUCGUGCUUGUCCCAAUCGACUUGUCUUCAUCCUCAAGUCCAUCUAAACCCUUUUUUUAUCUUUCAGAAUCUGUUCGUCUUAUUCUAUGGCGCGUGAUUUACUGGUUAGCCUUUUUCUUAACAUGGGCUAUUAUGCCAAUGCUUCAAGGCUACGCUGACUCAGGUUAUCAUGGUACUGCACGCAAGAUCCGCGAUUCAUUUCACCAAAACGCACGCUAUCAGCUUGUAUUACUCGUCGUUGGUAGUCUUGGUCUGCUUUACAUCGUUCUUUCUUCUGGUCUCUCCUUCAGUUCUAUUAAAGCUUUGGCCAUUGCACUUUCACAUUCGUAUGCCCUUGUCAUUGCGCUUUGGCUUAUGGGUCACGGUCUUAUCAACAUCCCACGUCGCUAUUGGGCCGAAGCCGAUCCGCAUGUUCGCCUGCGUAACUUCUACGAGCAAGCUACUCAAUCAAAUGAUACCAUUGCCGAAGCUCAGACGGAAUACGCCGAUAUUGCUGCCGAAGUCUUUGCACUUGAGCCAUUUAAAGAUACCCGCUGCACAGCGUGGAUUGAAUCGCUGUUGGAAGCUGUUGAAGAAGGACCAGGAGUUCCGUUUUCUGGAUCGACUACUUCGGGUGUAGUUACAGGUAGAUCCCGCAUCCAUGUUGAAGGGUCAACCAUUAAUGAGGAUUACCUGUCAUCUCUUAGUAGCAGAUUUAAACGUGCACGUAAUCGACUUGUACGUUACGACGCAGAUUGGCAAAAGUUACUUCGCGAAGCAUCUAGAGCUGAAGACAUUAUCCUUUCUCGCGACACAAAAAAGCUAGUUUUCCGAUUCAAAAAAACACCACUGCCCCCUACUGCCGCUUAUCUCUAUUAUGCUGUGAUUAAGCCUUAUGUUCAGCGCGCAUUUUCCAUUAUUUUUGCAGCGCUCACAAUCAUUAUUGUAUGGUCAGAAAUCACACAUGGUACUAUCUUAUCCAUCGUUAAUAUUGUCGAAUCCAAGACCACUGGUUUUUGGCAGCAAUCCUUUUCUAUGCUAUUCCUUGGAUACAUGUGUUCGUGUGCAUUUUCAAGUUUGUCUCGAAUUCGCAUCUUCAAAGUUUACGCACUUGUGUACCGCCAUUCAGACCCUUCUUCAUUGCUGUUUUACGCGAUGUAUGCAUGUCGUUUGACAGUGCCGCUGAGUUUCAAUUUCAUCACAUUGAUUACUUCUCGUGAAUCUGUCUUUGAAGAUUUUCUUGGAAAGUACAUCAACCUUACUCCACUUGGUAAGGGCUUUAAUGACUGGCUGCCACGCUUUAUUCUUAUCCCCAUGCUCAUGACAACUUUCCAUGUGUAUGAUCGGGUGCGUACGUUUUUUGGAUUUGGCUUGUCUUUUGAUGACGAAAUGGAUGUUGAUGACGAGGGUCGGCCCAUUUGCGGGUCAGUCGCCGAAGGAAAGCAUUUAGUACGCCGCGCUCUGUCAGACACUUCAUAUCGUUAUGUCUUGCGCCACCCCAAUAUUUCAGUUGCUGCAGCUUCUGUCUCAGGAACACGUUAUCUUCUGCAAAACAGCAGUAACUCCAGUUUACUUCCUGGCUCUAGCGGAGGUAGUACUAGAUCAUCGGAAGACCACGACCGUCCAGAUUAUCGCCCGUCUCGCACAAGUUUGUCACAUGUGGGGCCUGUUCUUCCACGACAAUUACAACUGGGAGGCCGUAGCAUCAAUCGUACAAGAUUAGGCGAUCACGGAUACGAACCAACAGAAGAAAUCAGUGCAAUUACUGCUGAUGAUGAAGAACCUGCCAAUGGUGUCUCCAAGAUUAAAAGCUUUUUUAGUGGCUUGGGCGAGCGUUUUAAAGGCAUUGGUCGUAACAACACAGAUAAUGAAGGCCUGUUGCCAAGAUGGCAGGAGCAGCAACCACAACAAAGACCUGAAUCCACAACCACAUCAACUUACCGGGAUGGAUCCGAUAGUGAUGAUGAAGAUCUUACUGUUCUUUAG